AUGCCGAAAGAUCUUGCGACAAAGAAAUUAAAACCAGGAGAAUGUAUAUACAGAACGUGUAAUGGGUUAUUAGCAAUGCGAUGGAAAGAUAAACGUGAUGUUUAUAUAUUGACAACCAAACACGCAUUGGUAGAAUUUACCAAAGUGACGGAUAGGCAUUAUAGAACCAAAUGGAAACCAAAUUGCGUGAUUGAAUGUAACAAUGGAAUGGGUGGCAUUGAUCUCAAUGACCAAAUGUUGGCAUGUUUUCCCAUUAUGAGGAAAUACCUAAAGGGUUAUAAAAAACUCUUUUUUUACAUGUCUGACAUGGCGUUUUUUAAUGCAUUCAUUCUAAAAAAACAAUUACACGAUUCAGGAAGGCAAUCGUAUGUGAACUACAGAAUUGAUGUAGUCGAGGCACUUUUAAAAUAUGUUGAGCGGCCUGACUAUACAAGGCGCACGACAUCUGCAGGUUAUGAUACACCAAUACGCUUACAGGCACAAUAUUGGGCUCAUUUUCCAAAACAUAUUCCUCCAACUCCUGCAAAGCAACAUCCGACUAAGACAUGUAAAGUGUGUUACAAACACAAACGACGCAGUGAAACGACGUGGGAGCGCUCAAAAUGUAAGGUGGCCUUGCAUGUACCGGACUGUUUUAUAACAUAUCAUACCAAGCAAGAUUACUAA